GAUAACAACAAUUUCCUCUCUAAAUUGUUUGAUAAUUGCAUUGUACACUAUAAACACACUCAGCGCCACAUUUCGUGUGGCAUUACCAAAACUAACGUGCAAAGUGUCGACACAUAAACAAAUUACGGUAAAAUGCGCGCAUUGCAAGUGUUUCUCAUGGUGUUGUUGUGUAAAAUUUUUCACAACUGGUUGAGUGCCAAUCCAAUACAGGGGCUUUUCGAUCCGAAAUGUUUUGUCGCGAAGAGUGAGUGUCCCAAUGAAAAUGUCACCUUCUGGUUGUAUACAAAAGCUACUGCCAACGAGCCUUUGAAAUUAGAUCCACUAAAUUUACAGCAAACGGAUUUUCCUACACGUCGUCCAGUUAAAAUACUCAUACACGGUUAUACGGGUCAUCGUGAUUUUGCACCGAAUACAUUUAUAAGACCAGUCUUGCUUGAACAUGAGGAUGUUUAUGUUAUCUCACCCGAUUACGGUCCACUAGUGCGUGAGCCUUGUUACGCCUCGGCUGUGGAAAAUUUGGCACUAGUCAGCCGUUGUCUCGGGCAACUAAUCAACAAUCUCGUCGGCAAGGGUAUUGUGCGCAAUGAAGAUUUGCAUGUCAUUGGUUUUAGUCUCGGCGCGCAGGUGGCUGGUCAAACUGCAAACUAUGUAGCGAAUAAAUUGCCACGCAUUACGGGUCUAGAUCCUGCCAAACCUUUAUUCAUCACAGCUGGUAAUGAGCGCAAGUUGAGCAAAGAUGAUGCGGAUUUUGUUGAUGUCAUACACACUGACGUUCUGGGACGCGGCAUGAUGCAUCCAAUGGGUCAUGUAGAUUUCUAUCCGAAUUUCGGUUAUAUACAGCCGGGUUGUGAAAUCGAAGCGGCACCCGGUAGCUGUAAUCACGAACGCGCGCCACGCUUCUAUGCCGAAUCAAUCAUUCCGAAAUAUGAGUUCUGGAGUAGCCGUUGCUCGAAUUGGCUUUAUUUCGUUUUAAACAUCUGCAGUGUGGCAACAAAUGAUGCCAUGAUGGGUUAUCAUAUAGAUAAGAGCCUUACCGGUAUAUAUUUCCUCAAAACAUCCAAUUCAACACCAUUCGCACUUGGACGUAUCACCGAGAAAGUGACGCAAGUAAAACCAAAAUGGCGGCAGCACUACGAACUUGAUAUGCUGAACGAAGAAGCGUGCGAUCAGUUGUUGAUGUGUCGCUUCCUACGCUACGGAGUGGAUAAUCCAGCGGCAGAUGACGGAACGGACGUUAUUUUGCCGCCAGAUUUUAUAAAUUUCUUUCAUAAAGCUUCUGCAACUGCAGGCAAGAUUGGCACUGGCUUUCCCUUCGACUGUAUUUAUGCAAACGAAGAGUGUCCCAACGAGCAUAUCAAAUUUUGGCUCUAUAAAAAUGAAACAAACCACGAAUCUCUCCUGCUUAAUCCACUCAACCUCACCGCCGCCAACUUCGAACCACGCUGGCCUUUAAAAAUACUCAUACACGGUUUUAACGGUAACCGAUUUGCCUCGCCAAAUUUGGAAACACGUGCGAUACUCCUACGCACCCAGCCUGUGCAUGUUAUAUCCGCGGAUUAUAGCAGACUCUCAAGAUUUCCUUGCUACUAUCCCUGGGCUGUGCGAAACGCCCACGUCGUGGCGCGCUGUUUGGCGCAACUUGUUGAUAAUUUAAUAGAAUCCGGUAUUUAUAGCGAACGGGAUAUACAUUUGAUUGGUUUCAGUUUGGGCGCGCAAAUUGCAGGCUUAACGGCAAAUAGCGUUAGACAACCACUGCAUCGUAUAACAGGCUUAGAUCCUGCUGGUCCUGCUUUUGUAACUCAAAAUCUCCGCGAUAAAUUGGAUGCCAGCGAUGCUGAAUUUGUCGACGUCAUACAUACAGAUCCAUUUUUCUAUUCCACAUUGGAGCGCAGCGGUCACGCGGACUUUUAUCCCAAUUUGGAACAAUUCUUUCAGCCUGGUUGUAAUUUGGUGCAGGAUGGUCGCAUACGCAAUUGCAAUCACUUUCGUGCGCCUGCUUAUUAUGCUGAAUCUAUUGGCAGCGAGCGUGGUUUUUGGUCCUAUCAAUGUGGUGAAUGGUUUCAAUUUGUUAUGCAACAAUGUCGACAAUAUGCGCAUGUGCCGCACACACAAAUGGGAUAUUUUGUGUCGAGGAACGCUUCCGGCUCAUACUUUCUACAAACUGAAGCCUUUGCACCAUUCGCUAAAGGCCCUAUUGUCGGCGUGGAACUAGAUAUUACUAAACCAGCGGCAAGCAAUCUUAAGAAAUAAAAAUAUUAAUUUAAAUGAAAUAAAU